AUGUCUGCAGCUACCACCUCCACCGCUCCCGUUGAGCAGCCCAAAGCCCAGCUCUACUCCUUCCCAGGCUCAGUCUGGGCUUCAAGCCCCCGUCUAGCCCUGAUCGAAAAGGGCUACUCCCCCUCCGAUGUAGAGAUCCGCACCGUCGACCUCCUCAAGGGUGAGAACUUUGCUCCCUCCUAUCUACGUCUCAACUCCAAGGCAACCCUCCCCACCCUGGUAGUCCCGCUGGCAUCGACCAUCUCGGGCGAGGUGGACACAAAGUACCGCGCUAUCACCACAUCGGAUGAGGUGCUCCGCUUCCUCGACCAGUCUCGCAGUGCGCAGAGUCUCGAAGCAAAGGGCGAAGCAGGCGGAAAGUCCAACCCGGCACCUAUGCUCUCUCCGGCGACCAUAGAUGACAAGGCUGCCGGCGAUGCACUUGUGGCUCUCGUUGCAGGACCUUCAGCAGACCCCAACUUUCUACUGCUGGCUGCACGCACCAGUGCCGAGCUGGCCAAGCAGCAGCAGGGCUUCCAAGCCACUUUCUGCAAGAACCGCUACGAGGCAAUCCAGAAGUACCGGAGUGAAAUCUCCACGACGAUUACUUCGACGGAGAAUCCAAGGACACAGCAGCAGAGUGCUGCUCUGAUCAAAUGGUACGAUGACAAGCUCGCAGAAAUCUCUCUACUCACCGAAGUGUACGUCAAUGAUGAUGCUACUGCCAAGACGAAGCUCAUCGAGGCUGGUGUGGCGACUUGGAAGGGUGUAGGGGCCGCCUUGACCCAGAUUGAGGCAGGACUCAAGGGCCCCUUCCUCCUUGGUGGACAGGUCUCUCUGGCCGAUCUGCAGGUGGGCGUUUGGCUAGCUAGAGUACUCUCGGUGGCUCAGGGGCUCUACCCUGGUGAGAGCGAUGCUGUCUCUGCUCUGUCACAGGCCCUGAGCUGGGAAGGACUGGGAGAGGGAGCCACUACUGUGGGACCAAAGAUUGGAGCGUAUUGGAAGCUACUCAUGGAGAGGCCAUCGUUCCAGGAGGUAUACAAGGAUGGGCUGCAUUGA